AUGGCGUCUUGUCUCCCAAGCCGCCGCCCGCUCGCUCUCGCCUUUUCCCUGCUCCUGAUCAUCCUCCUCCCUCUUGCUCUCGGAACCAACCCCACACCCGAUCCCGUCUUGACCUACCACGGCGGCCCUCUCCUCACCGGAAAGAUCGACCUCGCCGUCCUGUGGUACGGUCAGUUUGGCAACUCCCAAAAGAAGGUUAUCAGGAGCUUCAUUAAAUCGCUAAACUACGAUGGUGGCGCAAACUUUGAGCCCCAGGUGUCGAGCUGGUGGCAAAUGGUUGGGAGCUACCAAUCAUUCGCUGGGAGGGACUCCAAAAGGAGCCCCGGAAUCAAAGUGCAAGUUGCGCGUCAAGUGACCGAUAAGUCCUUCUCUCUGGGGAAGGUCCUGACCGUUGACAACAUUAAGCUUCUGGUCCAGAAGGCCACUGCUGGAAAUCCCAACAGUACUCUUGCUGUUAUCUUCACAUCUAGGCAGGUUACGGCGUCUGAUUUGUGCAUGGGAAAAUGCUCUGAGCAUGGAGUUAUCGGUACUCAGCCAUACAUCUUGGUAGGAAACCCAGAGUCUGAGUGCCCUGAGGCGUGUGCUUGGCCAUUCCACAAGUCCGACCAUGGGCCACAAGGUGUGACAUUGCAGCCACCAAAUGGGAACAUAGGGGCGGACUCUAUGGUGGUUCAUUUUGCCUCAGGCUUGGCUGGUGCAGUGACCAACCCAUUCAAGACUGGGUUUUUCCAACUAGGAACCAAGAAUGAUCAUGAGCUAGUUGAGGCUGCAACAGCUUGUCCGAAUAUAUUCGGGAGCGGGGCGCUUCCCGGCUACACCGGGAAGGUAAGGGUUGAUCCGGCCAACGGUGGCGCCUUCAAUACCCAUGGUUAUAAGGGGAUGCAGUUCUUGGUUCCUGCAAUAUGGAACCCAAGAACAUCCUCAUGUUGGACCCCUAUGUAG